AUGAUAGGAACAGCUCCGGUGCUGUUGGCUUUAGCGGAGGCUCCAGUAACGGAUCCCCUAUCAUGGGCGGUCGAGCCUUCUAACGAGGACGCGUCCUCUUGGUCACAGGAGGAAGGCGGGUCAGAGGAGGAGGGGGAAGGCAGCAGCGAGUGGGAGUACUUCUCGGCAUCAUCAUCAUCAGAGGAGGAGGAGGAGGAGGAGGAGGAGGGAGAUUCCGGUUCAGACGAAGGCAGAGGUCCCACCUCACAGCGGGAAGGAGGGUCAGCGGCAGGGUCAGGGGGGGAUGCGAGGGCGUCAUGCUUAGGCGGUGAAACGAGGAAGUUUACAAGCGGGAAAGGGAGUGACACUGAAAGCGGGGGAACAAGCACGCCAGGGACAGACGGGGAGGGGAGCGCGUCUGGGAGCGGGGGAAGCACGUCAGGGUCGGACAGCGAGGGGAAGCUGUCUCGGAGUGCAGUGCAGGGCGCGCAGAUGCGGCUGUCCGCGCUCUUCCAGCAGCUGGGACUGCCCGCCAUUCACCCUAGCUCUGCCUCUGUGGGCGAUCCCACUGCACGAGCACCAACGAACGUCCCUGCAAGCUCUCUGGACAGUCACGGUGCAAGUUCUCUAGGCAAUCCCUCUGCUGGGUCUCUGGUUGACCCUGGUGCAAGAGUGCCAAGCAGUGCGCGGGGUGGCCAGGAGAGGGGGUAUGGGGUUCAGAGGAGCAAGCGUGGGGGCAAUGGGAGCAGCCAGCAGGACAGGGCGAGGGGCGGGGAAGAGAGUGGGAGCGAGAGUGAGGGGGUGAGUGAUGGCGAAGGGAGUGGAGGUGAGGAAGGGGAGGGGAGGGGUGGGAGGGAGAAGGGUGCUGGUGACUGGGGGGGAAGCAGGGCACGGAGAGGGGGUGGAAAGAGGGGGUAUGGGAGUGGAGAGGAGGGGGAGAAGCGCAAGAGGAGGAGGAGAAGGCGGCCGAGUGGGAAGCGGAGGAAAGUGGAGGAGGAGGGGGCUCUCCCGCUUGAGUACCUCCUUGACCUGUCCCCCAUUCCCCAUCCCCACAUUCCCAUCCCCCUGUUCCCCAUCCUCCCGUUCCCCAUCCCCCCGUUCCCCAUCCCCCGGUUCCCCAUCCCCCCGUCCCCUCCCCCUCACGCUUCUGUUCCCCCGUUCCCCCGUUCCCCUGUCUCCCUUCCCCGUUCCAGCCCGGCUGCUCUGCGGCAGCAGCUACAGGCGUUCUCAGCAGCAGCAGGGCAGGCGGGCAUCAUGCCAACGCAGGAGCAGCUGAGGCACGCAGGGAGGGGGGACCUGGCCGCCGCUCUCAGGCAACUGGCAAGAGAGCAGGCGGGGGGAGGCGCAGAUAGGGAAGGGGAGGGGCAGAGAGGGGAUGGGGAGGUGCAAGGGGAUUUGAGGACGAAAGGCACAGGGGCAGGGCAGGAAGUAUGGGGUGUGGGAGGGGAGAGGGGGGGAGGAGAAGGGAGGGGUGAAGCAGCAGCUGCUGCAAGACAGGGGGGAGAGGGCGCAGGAAGGGUGGAGGAAGGGGGGGCAGGGGGGGCGGUGGGGAGGGGCAAUGGGUGGAGUGCGGUGGCGAGGUUGAUGGGGCUGGGCAGGCGGAGGAGGGGGCGGGCAGCAGGGGGGGCGGAGGGGAAGGGAGGGGGAGUGAGUGGAGGGGGGUUGGAUGAGGGCGAGGGUUGGAGUGAGGGGGGUGGAGUGGCUGGGAGUGCGGGUGAGGCUGUUCCAGAGGAGUCGGUUGUGAUGAGCAGUCCCGUUAAGGUGGGUUCUCUGCCUAUGCGUCCACUCACAGGUUGUGAGAAUAGGGGGGACAAGGGGAAGGAGGAGGGGGAGAAGGGGAGCAGAGAGGAGGCGGCGGAUGAGGAGAAGAGGAGGAGAGUGGAUGAUGGGGGUGUAGGGGUAGGGAGUGUGGUGGAGGGGAGAGUGGGGAAGGGGAGUGUGGGAGAGGGGAGGGUGGGGGAAGGGAGGGUGAUCGAUAGUGUGGGGGAAGGGAGGGUGAUGGAGGGAAGUGUGGGGAAUUUGGACGGCUUUGAUGCAGCGCUGAGUGCCAGCCUGGCGAAUCUGAUGGCGUUCAGGAAGAGACUCGAGUCCCUGGAGGCUGGUGGUGCUGCUGGUGACGCAGUUCUAGCCCAGAUAACGCCUGCCUCCCAGGCCCAGACGGCAGGUGACGGGCAAGAAGAGGUGGCGCCUUCCCCGGAUGGCCCUGUCAACAGGGCGAAGAGCAAGGAAGCUUCCACGCCGCCGGUACGCAAGUUCCGGUUACCACCUCCCCCUGCGUCGCCAGUUGAGCCUCCCCCAGCUGCCGCCUUCCUCCGGCGCGACCCGGAUGAGCUGGCAGGCGUGACGGGGCGCAUCCGAUCGCUCGAGCAAUUGCUGGCCGCCACGCGUGCAGCGCUGAGGCAGGGGAGGGAGGCGCUGAGCAGGCGAGAUGCUGAGCUGGAACAGAUGCGCAGUCGCACAAUGGGUGAGCUGCUGCGGCUGACCGACUCGCUCGAGUUCAGGGAGAGUGAGAUGCUGCGCACGCGAGCAGAGCUGCGCUCCACCCGUGCUGAGGUCACAGCGCUGGAAGGCAGAUUCGCUGCCGAGUUCAGGGAGACGAGGCGUGUGUUGGAGGAGAAGGAUCAGCAGCUGGGGGAGCUGCAGGUGGCAUACGUGCAGCUGAGGCCCACCCGCGUGGUGUGGCCAAACCCGGGCAAUGAAGUGCUGCUCACAGGCUCCUUCAAUGGCUGGACCAACCGGAUCAAGAUGGUAAAGUCAAAUGCGGGAGUGUUCGUUACAACUCUUCAUCUGUACCCCGGACAAUAUGAGGUCAAAUUUAUCGUGGAUGGAAAUUGGAAGCCGUGCUUUUGGAACAAAUUCUAUUCGUCACAAGCUGCUCCGUACUCCGUUGGUGGAAAUCUUUGUGGUUCUGGUAGCUCCCCAUACUCUUCCGUAGCUGCGUUGUGCGGCAACAUGGUCAGUCUUCCUGCAAUGCUGGGCAUGGCUGGCACUCUCUUUCACCCAAAGUAUCCCCUCGAUGCCUCCCAGAACUGCGCUCCAAAUCGUCCCACAGGCUGGCUGCGUCCCACGUCAGCAAGCGCACAUUCAUCCCGAGACUUGGCAAUGGAGUGCGCGUCCGCUAAAGCGAUCGGUCUCCAAAUCCGCUCACCCAUCACCUUAUCGCUGUCGUCGCCACGGCAAUGUCGGGUCUCGUACAACAAAUCUCCCCCAAGCAACGUCGUGACUGCAACUGCUAAAAGUCCAGUAAGCCACCUCGGCUGGGGAUGCUCCCAAGAACACCAUUACCCUUCCGCCGCUACCCCCGCUGCGACAUCCUCCAAGUUUCUUGAACCCGAGCGCGUCACCGAGCGCCCGAGAUCCUCUCAAGCCGCGCGAUUCGCUGUCGACUCACCAUGCUCUCCAAUGAGCGUAUUCGAGAAGGACGACGUCAGUAUGGCGUGGAACGAGCCGUUCUUCUUAGCAGAGGCGUCCGUGGGUCUCGUGGAGUGCAACAGCCGAGGGUGCAGACCCGUCUUCAGACAGCCGUGGUCGCCAGAGGCGACUGGCUCGGGUAGAAUCGGCACAGAUGGCCAUGCGUCGUCAGGUCCUUGCUCGUCUUUGGAUGGUGCGGAGAUCGAGGGCAGGGCGGUGGCGUUUCGACAGCGAAUGGAGAGGAAUGCUGAGAACAGCAAAGCGCGGCCGAGCUUGCCGACGGAGUUCGCGGAAUUUGUUAACGAGGUGUGGGUAGAGACCGUUACCGCGGAGAAAUACUUUCGCGACGCAAUGCGGAGAUCUCCCGGCGCGCGCGGCGGCGUCGUUCGCGGCGCGGCGCGGCAGAACCUCCAUCACCAUCUGUCGCUCCUCUUCGCGUUCAUUCUCGUCUUCUCGUCGUCCCACCAUCUCUCCGCAAACGGCGGCGCAUUCGGUGGCGGCGCUGACGCGUCUGCCCUGCCGGAGCUCUCCUCUUACUCCAGCAUGGCGCUGCUCGAUCCGCGCUUCGAGCUCUAUUGGAGCACCAACACGAGCGACGCGACCAUUCACAUGGCGGCGCGGGCGCAGACGGCGGGAUGGCUCGCAAUAGGCCUUUCUGAAUCCGGCGGAAUGUUCGGCUCCGACGUAAUGGUGGCGUGGGUGGCGGAGAAAGAGGGCCGCGUGUAUGCAACGGACCGCUUUGUCUUUAACAAGACUAUGGAAGGCGUCGCAUUGGACGACCAGCAGGACUGGCGCGUGCUGGGCGGCAGCCAGACCACGGACCAAUCCACGGGCGACACGUGGACCACCGUGCACGUGUGGCGCCAGCUGGACACCGGCGACUGCAACGACCGCCCCAUCACAGCUGGCGCGCUCUCAUUCGUCAUCUGGGCCAUGGGCACGACCGACGAGCUCGCCUAUCACAGCGAGACACGUGGCGCCACCUCGCUCGUCCUGCUGCCCGCGCCUGGCCCCUCCAUCCUAGACCCAGCCACCCCUCCCACCACCACCGCCCAAUCCACCGCUGCCAGCUGGCCCGCCAUCACGUCAGCAGGCAAGCUCGCCGCGUAUGCCCAGGGGCAGGCGAACGGGCAGAAGAACGGGCAGGCGAAGGGGCAGGGAGUGGUGAUGGGCGAUGAUGGGCGGUUCAAUCUGACGAUGGUGAAUCACCGGGUUUCCACCAACUACACCACCUACAUGUGCAAGACAUUCGACCUGCCACUGACCGCCAAGCGACACAUCACGCAGUUUGGCAUUCAGAUGAACUCGUCGCUCCCCUCCGUGCUGCACCAUGUGCUGCUCUUCGGCUGCCCCCUGGAGGAAUAUCAGGACGUGCCGGCAACACAGGGCGUGUAUGAGUGCAUGCACGAGUCAGCGCCCUGUAUGGGACACACAGUGGCCAUGUGGGGCCUGGGUGCUCGUCCCUACUCCUUCCCUCCUGAUGUUGGCUAUCCCAUCGGUCCCGGAUACUACACCAAGUUCGUGCUGCAGAUCCACUACACCAAUCCCGACGGCCGCUCUGACAUUAUCGACAACAGCGGAAUAUUCCUGGAAACUUCUGCCCCGGGGAAGCACGAUGCAGGGAUCAUGAUGGCUGGCCCUGUCUACUAUGGGCUGCUGCUGCAGAUCCCACCUGGCCAGCCCUCGUGGACACAGGAGAACAUAUGCCCGGGGCGGUGCACCAAGGCAGUGUUCAAGAACGAGUCAGUCAACAUUGUUGCUGCCGCGCUGCACCAACAUGCGCUGGGCCGCCAGAUGUAUACCGAUGUGUACCGGGAUGGGGCAAAGGUCACUACUGUCGCUCGCCUCGACUACUAUGACUUCGCAUCACAGCAGAUGAUCCGCGUGCAGCCGCCCUUCCAGCUGCAGCCGGGAGAUGAGCUGCGCACCAAGUGUGUGUGGGACUCCACCUCCCGCUCCAAUGUGACAAUGGGCGGCGAGGCCAGCAACGAGGAGAUGUGCAUCAGCUUCCUCGUCUACUACCCGGCAUAUAGAGACAAGCGAGAGAUGCGCUCAUGCGUGGCCAUGUGUGCCGACAUAUCAACGGGAAAGCUCAACCUGGACCCUACCAGCCCCAAGCUCAUGAGCUUUGCUGUUUGCGGCACGGGCACGGACAGGGAGAGGGUGAAGUUGGGGUUCUCCAAGUGCAACAUCAGCUAUGGGGAGAGCCAGCCGCUCUCUGUGCUGCACGGCUGCCCUAGCGCCACCGCGCUAUCUCUCGCCGACAUUCCCAAGGGGGACAUCUCAGUACCCAUCAACACCACUCCAGACCCACUUACACCAACCACCAAUUGCACCACCAACACCACUGCCACUGCCACCACCACGGGCACUACAGCCAGUACUGACACCGGCACUACUGCCCCUGGGAGCAGCAAUGCUGGGGGUGGUAAAGGAGCAGCAGCAGCAGCAGCACUUCAUGGGUCGUCUGCUGCUCUGCUGGCAACUGUUGCUGCUUUUGCACUGGCAAUCCUACUCUAG